UGUUUGUCGACAUCGCGAGCGAUCGGUUGUGGCUGUCGUUGUUUAUCCGGUUUUACACUCUCGCUGUUCGCCAGUUCGAGUAAUCUCCUACACACUGCGAUCAGGUCGCACGUCAUCGCCCAGACGUGUUGUUCGAUUGAUUGCGAAUAAUACGAAAAAACUACGGGUACAAAAACCUCGUAUCUAUAAUUCUCCAACAAAGACCAAGACCAAGACCUAAUCGGGAAUGACUGAGAACAUGUCGAGGAGUCCGCGCCCGCUGAAAGUAACCGUCGUGGGCGACGGCAUGGUGGGCAAAACCUGCAUGUUGAUAACCUACACACAGAACGAGUUUCCCGAGGAGUACGUACCCACAGUGUUCGACAACCACGCCUGUAACAUAGGAGUUGACGAUAAGGACUACCAUUUGACACUCUGGGAUACGGCCGGGCAGGAGGACUACGAAAGACUACGGCCACUGAGCUAUCCAAAUACGAACUGUUUCCUGUUGUGCUAUUCGAUCAGCAGUCGCACCUCGUUCGAGAACAUCAAGAGCAAGUGGUGGCCGGAGAUCCGUCACUUCUCCAGUCACGUGCCCGUGGUGCUGGUGGGCACAAAACUGGACUUGCGCAUCCCCAACUCGGAGAAGUUUGUGACCACACAGGAGGGCAAGCGACUGCGCAAGGAGAUUCAUGCAGCAAACCUAAUCGAGUGCUCGGCUAAGAAGAAACAGAACCUUCAGCAGGUCUUCGAGGAGGCGGUUCGGGCCGUGGACAGGAAACCAAAGACGUCGCCCAAGCCAUCGUGCAAAAUACUGUGAACUAAGUGUAUGCCUAAUUUUUAAUAUUGUUAUUAUGCGUAAUGUAUUAUGUAACUAAUUCGUCUGACCACUUGUGCUUUGUUUUUCGCAAAAAAAAAAAAACUGUGUAGAAAAUUUACGUUAAGUUCUUAUUAUUUAAGUGCCACUAAUGUGAAAUUCAUUUGUUUUACAUGCAUCCACAGGGCAUUAUUUGUAAAAAAAAAAGGAGAAAUCAAAAAGAACACAAAAUGAAAAUAAUAUAACCAUAUAAAUAUUAAAAAAUAAGGAAAUCAAUUUACAUUCAUACGGCAGAUAAGCACACCCAUGUAUACAUUGUACAUUUUCAAUAAAUCCCUAGUCAUUAAAA